AAUACCCUUUACUACUACAAUAUAUUCUAAUGACCAUUUGGGGUGUUAUGUGUUGUGUUUAUGUAUGUGUCGCCAUGAAAAGAUGUGUUCCGGGGUUAGGGGAGGAAAAGGGAGAGCGGACAGGAAGUGACGAGGUAAGCCUCGGAGUUGGCAGGUAGUUAUUUUGACGUGGGUUAGGAAAUGUGGUACUUCUUGGACUUAAAUAGAAAAAGGGCUGUUCCACACCGUGUUACAGUAUAUACAGUACAUUAAUUACGUAGUUGUUGGCAGUGUAGCUGUCCCAAAUGGGCUAUUGUCUUUGCAAGCUAAUCGGAAAUGAUUGUAAUGUUUAGCUACUUCUCAAUGCAACUGCUUUAAACAGCACGCAAACAUGGCUUCAACUUCAAGUAACUCCCCAGAAAGGAACAAUGCCGGAACAGGCUGUUGUACGGAAUCAGUAAAUAAACUAAAAAAACAUUUUUUGUGUGAGAUUAAAAACAUUAAUUACACGAAAUAACUCCACAGUUUGAUGUUUUUUUGUCGGCGUCCAUGGCUGCACUGCAUUACCGUAAUUCUCAGUGUAAACGCACUACUGCAAUGCCAAGCGUGGAAGUGUACUUAGACCGCAGACGCGGGGCGGGGGGCGUGUCAGUGACUAGUGAGGGAUAAAGCCAGUUUGUUUUGGAUGAGGGACAGUCAGGGGAGACAGUCAGCCUACAGAACCCACUAGCAACUGGACGGAACCAAGAUGUACUCCUGCCUCUCUCCCGGCACCCCUCGGGUCCCACUGCUCGUCGUCACGCUCCUCUCCCUCCCGACAGCGUUUGCUGCAAAAUGCCCGCAACAGUGCCAAUGCGACCAGAUCCAGCUCACAGUGACAUGCAUCAACAAGAACCUGACCCAAGUUCCUCCCACAGUGGACGAGGUUUCCCUUUCAUUACGGUCAAACUGGAUCUUCGAGGGAACGACAUCCAGGAACUCCCCACUGGAGCUUUCAGACAUACCCCUUACCUGACUUACCUGUCGCUGCAGCGCUGCAACGUCCGCAGGGUGAAAGAAGGCGCCUUUCGAGGCCUCGGCCGCCUGGUUUUCCUCAACCUGGCAAACAACGACAUUGACAUUCUCUACCAGGAGUCCUUUGACGGUCUGUCCUCGCUGAAGCAGCUCAUGAUCGAGCGAAAUCGUGUGGAGGAGAUCCAACCCGGCGCUUUCUCUCAGCUCGGCUUCCUCAACCUGCUCUCCCUUUCCCACAACCAGCUUGUCUACAUCCCCAACAUGGCCUUCCAGGGUCUGCAGAACAUCAAGUGGCUUCGACUGAGUCACAACUCUCUAAAUUACUUAGACAUUGAGGCCUUUGCAGGUUUGUUCACACUCAACCGUCUCAGUCUGGACCACAAUGAACUGCAGUUUUUCCCCACGGAGACCAUGACCAGAUUACCUGAAGUGACCCGUCUGGAUCUGAGCUACAACCCCAUGACUUACCUGGGUGAAGAGUCGGUCUCCAUGGCCAAGCUAACCCACCUUUUCCUGGACCACAUGUCCCUCCAGGACCUGUCCAACACAGCUCUAUCCCAGUCCCCCAGCCUCACCCACUUGGACCUCAGCCACAACCAGCUACGUGUCAUACAACCCUUCAAUGAAGGCAACCCGAAACUGGCACGGAUCCACCUGGCCGGGAACCCCAUUUACUGCAACUGCUACCUGAGACCGCUCAGGGAGUGGGCCAUCAACCGGAAGGUGAAGUUGAUCGGGACGUGUGCAGGACCCUCACAUCUCUCUGGAGAGAACCUGGAGGCCGUCCACCCCAAGGAGCUGCGGUGUCAGAGCCAGGAGGCCAUGCUGAAGGCGGAGUUCGAGGAGGCGAGUCGACGGGCUCCACCACCCACCGAGGAGCCGGAGAGCAAGGUCAAGUGUCCUGCUAACUGCGUCUGUGAAACGGAGACUCAUCACGCGUCCUGCGAGAACCGCGGUCACACCAAAGUUCCUCGUGGUUUCUCUCCCGACACGCGCCUCCUCGACCUGCGCGGCAACAAUUUCCACUACAUCCCGAGCAACAGCUUCCCCGGCGUUCCCCAGGUGGUGUCACUGCACCUGCAGCGCUGUAAGAUCGUGGAUGUCGAGGAUGGAGCUUUCAGCGGCAUGAAGGGCCUCAUCUACUUGUACCUCUCCGAGAACGACAUCUCAGCCCUAAGCCCCGACGCCUUUAAAGGCCUCGCUCAGCUCACUUAUCUCCACUUGGAGAAGAAUCGCUUCACCAUCUUCCCCAAAGGAGCCUUCAAACUGCUUCCGGGGCUACUCACUCUCCAUUUGGAGAACAAUUCCAUCGCAAAGCUGGAGGAAAACAUUCUGGGUGGCGCAGAGAGCCUCAGAUCGCUCUACCUCAGUGGAAACAGUAUCGAGCACGUAUCUCCGAAGGCUUUGGAGCAGGCCAGUCAUCUGGAUACACUCCACCUGGCAGGAAACAAGCUGAAGGAGGUGCCCACUGGAGCCCUGAGCAAGGCGGGGAACCUGAAAGACCUGAGGCUGUCACGAAACGCCAUUCGAUGGGUCGGAGCAAACGCUUUCCAACCUUUAGCAAGAUCGCUGAGGGAGCUUUAUUUGGAUAAUAUGGGACUGGAGAAGAUGUCACAGAGCUCCCUGGCAGGAUUAGCUUUGAGGAGUCUCUUCCUGGAGGGCAACCAGCUGGAGGAGGUGCCUGACCUCCACCCACUCACCUCUUUGGAGGUCAUCAACCUGGCGGACAACCCUCUGAUGUGUGACUGCCCUCUGCUGCCACUCCGUCUCUGGAUCGAGAAAGUGAACCUGAAGGUACGAGCCACCUGUGCCAACCCACCUGAGCUGAGGGGCCGCAGAGUCAAAGACGUCCACGUCUUCAAGGCCUGUCCGGGAGGUGAAGGCCUCCCCUCUGCUCCCAGUGUUGCCCCGAGGCGCGCCAAGACGCCCAAAUCCACCAAACCUAAGCCGACGCACCGCAGCCCCAUUAAGCGGGGCAUGAUGCCGAAACCCAAAUCCAAACUCGGCAAGAACGGGAAGCUUAAAGCUGCAAAGAAGAGCAACCAACGCGGCACGGCGUGAAACCUCCGGUGUGCUAAUGUAGUUUUAUUUUGAAAUGAUCACAUUUGCGGUAUUUUCUCAGCACUCUUUAAUCAAAGUUUAACAUUCAGAGUAUUAGACGCACAUUUCUACUGAUGAUGUUCGUAGCUGCUCAUGAAUACGAAAAACGACAACUGGACCACUUGACAAAAGUUAGGUAAAAAUAAAAAUAUGUGUUUAAAAAUAAAAUGUCACUAUACAUACACUGGAUUGUAGUGGCAACAACUGACUUAAAAAGCAACCACAGCUGCACUAAAAGACAAAAUGAGGUAGUUUUACUGCUUUCUACACAAUACAGUAUACAAUAAUGAUUUACAGCCAAUGUAAUUUUUUUCGAUGACUCACCUAUUCUUCAGUUCUCAUGAUUUUCAAUCCAUUUUUCCUUAUGUCUUUUAUGCCGCGUCAUGUUAAACCGGAGCUUGACUGGAGAUCGGGGUCUCCAUCUCCACCUCCUCCACUUUUACUUCCACUGCACUGACUGCGGAGAAAAAAAAAAAUUAAGUCAACAUACUUGUGAUGUGUGGCAUAACCUCCUGAGACCCGGGUAUGCAUUGUCUUGUCAACCCACACGAAUGGCUAAAUCUAACAGCAACAUUUCAUUUCUACAACGUAUAUAAGACGAUACAACUCAGUGUGUAUGCUUAUCGGCCCCGCCUCCACCCACUGAGACAAAGAGACUGUCUGACUGACUAAAGCACUCACUCCGACCCUCAUUACUGCCUGUUUGGAGGCGGGAGAUGAGCAAAACAUACACACGUCAAUAUAUGGAAGCCGGCAAAAUGAUAAAUGAUAAGUCAUAAAUUCAUUUAUUAUCGUCCAGGCUAGUUCCCAACGUAAAGCGAAAUCUUGUAACAUUCAUUCAUUCAUUUAUUUUCUGCCGCGGGGGGUGCUGGUGCCUAUCCCAGCUGUCUUCGGGCGAGAGGCGGGGUACACCCUGGACCGGUCGCCAGCCAAUCACAGGGCACAUAUAGACAAACAACCAUUCACACUCACAUUCAUACCUAUGGACAAUUAUGUUUUUGGAAUGUGGGAGGAAACCGGAGUACCCGGAGAAAACCCACGCAUGCACGGGGAGAACAUGCAAACUCCACACAGAGAUGGCCGAGGGUGGAAUUGAACCCUGGUCUCCUAGCUGUAAGGUCUGCGCGCUAACCACUAGACCGCCGUGCCGCCCUAAUCUUGUA